AUGAGUUUGCACCUCACCAAUCGACCCUUUGUUUGUUCCUUCCCCGGCUGCAGUUAUCGUGGUAAAACCAGUUCACAGCUAGCUCAACAUAGAGCCACUCACGGUCUGGGCUAUGUGUACGCCUGUGAGUUUUGCGACUACCGGGCGACUACUUCGACGAAUUUGCGUCGCCACUCGCGCCUCCAUCUGGAUACACGGCCUUAUCGGUGUCCACACUGUCCUCAUACCUUCGUGGAGCUCUCGGCGCUGCGUCGGCAUGUCCUUGACUCCGCCUAUCACCCAGGGCUACCGCUCUACGUGUGUCCUUGGUGCUCGCCUUCACCUGGCCAUUCUUCUGAUCCCUCAUCCAUCCCACCUGUCAAUACCGCCCCUGCUGCCCCUGCCUCCCUUAUCAUCGAUUCGCCCAUCGCUUCGCGAAGAUCCGCCGAUUCCAGUGUCUGCGGCUUCAACUCCUCUACUCUGGCCUGGAAGCAUGUUGUGCAGGCACACGCUGAUCAGCUCUCUAGCCCCGAGACUCUUCAGAGGCUGGGACGAAAAGCUGGUGAAACAUUGAUUGAGGUAGCUUUCAAUUUGUCUUAUCGAGAGCUGUCCGUCCUACGCAUGUUGGAAGAGUUCCGUAUUGUUCGGCUAAAAGAUGAUCUAGAUUUUUUGAAUUUUUGCUUAAUUAAGCAUGAUGUGUCACUCAUCUUCGGACUUUAUCAUCCCAACGAGGAUGGCAACUUCCGUCCAUCAUCUGCUGUGCGUCAAUUCAAUGCUGUCGCCACCGUUCGAACACAUCAGCGGAUGCGCUCAAACACUAACAGACAGAGGAACGCCAGCGGCAGAAAGCGUCCCCUGCCGCGUGACACAUCGCUCUACUCAGUAUUGAUAGUCAAUUCGUCGCCGGUGGAGAACGGCGACGCUGCAUCAGCUAACACUUCAAGGACCGCAACGGAAGGAUUGGAAAACACAGAGCCAUUGAAAUUCCCCCAGGUACAGGAUUUGGUCGCACUUCCUGGGGGUGUUCUGUGCCUUUUACUGCCGACCCAUGAGAUGACUCCUGAUGAAUCCGUUGUUAAAGCUUCUGUUUUGAUUGAAAGUGCUAUUCAGUAUCGGUCAAUAUUGCACGGUCUUGAUCGUCGACGCAUUAAAGUCUAUCGUGUCUACUAUUCUAAGUCGUUUUCAUUCAUAUCAAAUGUUUGCCUGGUCAUACUCUUCAUUUUACCAUUCUUUGAAUGGCCUUCAUCUCUUACACGUUCAUCUUACUUGGGAAAUUCUGUUGUACGCCCUGUUGUUCCAUGUGGUGUUUUAGAAGGCAUUGAAACAAUAUGCUUGUCGGUAUUUUUGGUCCGAGGCGUCUUAUUGGCAACAGGUCAAUUUUACAAAUCCGAUCGAGGUGGUUUGGGCUGGCUUUAUGAAACAUUUUACAAUCUUAUCGUUCUCCUCACCACAGCCAAUCAUCCAGACGUCAUCCUCCCGAACUAUAGCGAAAAUCGUGCAGCCGCCUUCUUUGACAUCGCUUUUCUCGCUGUGGGGACGUACAUUUUCAUGAACAUCUUCACGGCCAUCAUGUAUAAUCAGUUCCGCGGUUAUCUUUUUUCCUCCGUUCACAAACGCAUUUUUAGGCGACGUGUUGCCGUUCGUGCUGCAUUUGAAGUUCUCAAAUCGCAGGAUCCUGUCCCCGUUGUUCAGACAGACAAAGUGUUACAACUUUUGGAGGAAACGUCUUUGCCUGGUUGGAAGAAGUCUGCGAUUUCCACUAAACUGAUGACGCAAUACGAGGGAGGUUCUGUCGACUUGACGGAGUUUAUGGACCUCUUUCGGCUUCUCGAUUUGUCUUCUUCCCUCAAAACACCUACUCUUGUUCGACAAUUCAAUAACCCCGUGGCUUUGCGAAUACAGUCCUUCUGCAUCUCAAACCUAUGCAGAAGAGUCGAGCUCUUCGUAUCUCUUGUCAACGUUUUCUGCAUCAUUUUACAACUCGUGGCUUUUGAAGACGCGGACAAACCCAGUUUUACCUUUUUGAUAAUCAACACAUGUUUUGCAACACUCUACGUUAUCGAAAACGGUGUGCGUCUUUGGGUUCACGGCUGGCGCAAUUCACUUUGCAUGCCUCUGACUUUGUUUGAUUUGUGCGUCUCCUUUGGCAACCUGGCGUUGCGACUCUACGAACUUGGCCUCAUCGCUUGUGGAGCGAGAGGUGUAGGAUCAGAGCAUUGGUCGCCCUACGACUUUGGGCAGCUGGCGAACCUGUUGGUGAUUCUGCACACCUUGCGCUUCAUGCAGAUCUCCAACCUGAUGACCAGCAUGCUCUUCAAGAUGCCCCAUCACCUAGCCCCCGUGCUGGGCGUCCUCAUCUCCUUCUACUAUGUCUACGCCCUCCUCGGAUUCUCCCUUUUCCACGGAACCAUUGAACACCCUACCAAUGGAUCCACUGACUCGAACGAGACGUACGUCUGUGGAACUUACCAACAGCUCAACUACUGGUCGAUCAACUUUGACGACUUUGCUGCCAGCAUAUUCACCCUCUGGAGUUUGAUGGUCUUGAACAACUGGCAUGUCAUUGUUCGGGCCUUUACCGAUAAAAUUGGCAGAUGGGUUCACAUCUACAUGGUGAGCUGGUGGUUCAUUGCAUCUGUUAUUCUCCUCACCCUCAUUACCGCCAUGAUAAUCGAGAGUUUCCUCUUCGCACGCCAGCUUCACACCCGUCAAGCAGACCUAUUGCAGCUCCGCGAGCGUCGUCGAACCAAUGCCCCUCGCCUUGCCGCUGUGAGCGGGUCGCGGUUCUGCAACGAUAACCACUGCGGGCGUCUGAUCGAUGACGAUGGGAUGGAGGAGCUGCUGCCCUCAGCUGAGCUCUCCGCUGACCACAACAGCUCCUCAGCGGCGGCAGCAGCAGAAACGGAGGAUAUCUUGAUAACCUCACCUUCCAAUACAGUGGCCUUCAGUUUUGCACAAAUGUUCAGCGGUGGUUUUGAAGAACCCACCAAUGAGGAGUUGACAAUGCUACGGUUUAUUCGGAGGGUCUUGCAGAUCAAACUUCGGUUUCAAUCAGCGUUAGCGCAGUACAGGGGGGUGAAGGUGUCUCGCAGGGGCGCUGACCUCCAAGUAGGCCUCAUAGAACUCGACCGCCCCGACACCUUUAACGCCCUCUGCCCUCAAUUGAUGAAGGAGUUAGCUGUCGCGGUGGAACAACUGGAUGCUGACUCCUCGAUACGUUGUCUCGUUAUCACCGGCACCAAAAGGGUUUUCUCGGUUGGUGCUGACUUGAAACACCUGGAUGACCUGCGGAGGCUGGAGGCGCUGCGGAGGUGGGAGGCACUGGGGGCAGUGGAGAAGCCCACUAUUGCAGCAGUGAAUGGCGCUGCACUGGGCGGUGGUUGCGAGCUCGCGAUGAUGUGCGAUGUAGUGUACGCGGGUGAGCGGGCGCGAUUCGGACACCCGGAAGUUGGUCUGGCCCUCGUGCCCGGCGCCGGCGGCACCCAACGUCUCAUCCGCGCCAUUGGCAAAUCACGCGCUAUGGAAAUGAUCCUUUCGGGCAAAGCCAUCUCAGCGAAGGAGGCGGCUGCUUUCGGAUUAGUGAGUAGUGUGUAUCCAGUGACCGAGGUGGUGGAUAGGGCAAUCGCCUUGGCCGAGCGUAUCUCGGCCCACUCUCUGGUUGCUCUGCGAGCAGUAAAGAGAGCCGUCGGUGCUGCUUAUCAACUGCCCCUUGACCAAGGCUUGAAGGUUGAACGAGAAAUUUUCCUCGCUACACUAUCAUCAAACGAUUGCGGAGAAGGGGUGUCAGCUCGUAUCGAGAAACGAAAACCGAAAUUCACAGACAGUUAA